AUGGAGUCUUGCCAAAGAACCACUGCUUACAGGGUCAGAGGUGGAAGAAGAGAAGAGGACAGGCUGGAAAGGCAGUAAGUUGUUCACUUUCUCAGGGAAGCUGAGAAGAUAAGGAGGGAGAUUGACAAACUGAGAGAAAAAGAGAGAACCCUGAGCACUGUGUGGAGAAAGAACGCUUGGACAGAUGUGACUGAAGAACUGGAGGAAUAUGAAAAAGUACUUACAGAAGAAAGAACUGCUCAAGAGGUGAGCCUUCAGAAGCAACUGGUGAAGAUCAGUGAUGGUGUAAAGAAAUUUCAGAGACAUCUAACCGGCAUUAAGCCGACUCCUGAAUUGAUUGAAAAACUUCAAGAAAUCAAGUCAGAGGUGGAAGCGUCAAUAAACACUUUAAAGGAAGAGCAGCGUUUACGCUUUGAGGAAUAUUUAAAGGAGGAGCAGACUCAGCAGGAGGUUACUGCUUAUAAGAAGAAGAUUGAAAACAGGAGCCUUAAUGUUAAAACAAACCCCAAACUGCCUGCAGCAACCACUCUCAAGAUCAAACCCUCCAACAGAAACCUUCCUGAGGUCAAAGCUUUGGAGGAUUAUCCGCGAAAGACAGGAGGUCCUCAUGGAGGCCGGGAUCAAUACGAUCACCAAACUUUCCAAAGAGUGUGGAUGAAGCACAGUUGGCGGCUGUCGUACAGGAAAGAGGCCAUGUUUUACCUGCCGCAUAAAACUCAGGAGGAGAUCCAGCAACAUGAAGACUGGCAUCAGGAGCUGCUUCACCUGCAGGACAAAAGGAGAGAGAAAACGGUCUCUGUUGAUGAGGAGCAGCGCUGUCUGCAGCUUGAAGCUAAGAUGGCAUGUGAGGAGUAUCUGCGAUUAAAGCGGGAGAAAGAGGAGGAACAAGAAAAGAGAAGAAGAGAGAAAGAACAGAGAGAAACGAAACACACUGGGCCUUCAGGACAGGGACCCAUGUUACAGAUGUUUCGCAGAGCCAUUCGUACUUGGAGACAAGGACUGUGAUGUAACCAGAUACUGGCUCCUGCAGUUUUCCACUGUCCACUUUUCCACAGUUUUCCACAUGUCACCAAUAAACCCUUUGAAAAAAGAACAGAGUUGAAAAGCUUAGCGUGAUGGACUGCACACAGAUGAACAAAACCGGAAAUAAGAGUUUUGAAUGACCAACUGAAAAUACUUUGAGGUUACGGUAAAUAACAAAUCACCUCUCUGCCAGCUGGAUGCUUUCACACAACAGGAAAUGCAUAAUCUUACAUUAAGGCAGACAAAACAGAAAAUAACAGAUAAAAUCAGCAUAUAGGUAUUUUAUCAGAGCUGAACUUUGUCAACGUCAAGACAGUGUUAUUGAAAAUGUUUGGUAAGGCUUAACUAAUAGUAAGAGAUAUUCAACUUCCAAAAGCACUGAGUGGUUUUGCAAGUAAUAAUGGGCAAAGCUUUCAAUCUCUGGAGGAGCAAAACUGAUGAAGAGAUCCCUCAGAUGUCAAGCUUUAGCUGCAAAGUUUGAUCUACUGCCACCUAGUGUUGGCCCAGGAGGAUUAAACAGAUUCACUCUUCGUUUUUACUUGUCAAAAACAAUUAAAAGCAAUGUAUCGUGUUCUUUCUAAACCCCCCUAGCACUCUGUAAAACUUUAAAUAUAAGGUAUGAAUGUCUUUUUUAACACUAAUAGGCCAGUCAAUAAACAAUAAAACUGCUUAAUUUAAAGCUUGGGAAUUUUCAAAAUCUAAUGGGGUAUUUAUGAAAUAAUAUGCGUAAAAUAAAACUGGCAGUGCAUA